UAUGUUCUAGUUUCUGUCAUUUUCAGCUUCUUAAAAGCCUUUAGUUUCUUGCGCCUCAGCUGUAAUGACUGUGAUGAACAGUAGGUGGCGGUCGAAGGGAACAAGAAGAUCAAGAAGAAGAAGAAGAAGGAGGAGGAAGCGGAAGUGGUUAACACUGCUGUGGCUAACACGCUGAGCGGCUCGUGUCGUUGUUUUUAAAAAGUCAAACGUUUCAAAUGGAGAAAGUGAAUGAAAGUCCAGAGUUUGACUCGUACGAGAUCGAUGAGCCGAGCGACGAGGAGAGCGCCGCCAGUAGUUCAGAGGACGAGCUGGACAUCCUGCUGAACGGGACUGCGGCGCAGAAGAAGAAGCUGAUCAGAGAGUAUCUGACGGGCGAGAGCGAGUCGUCCAGCGGCGAUGAAUUUGAGAAGGAGAUGGAGGCGGAGCUCAGCUCCACCAUAAGGAACAUGGAGGGAACGUGGGGACCGUCCGUGGCAGCAGCACACGUGGCAGCAGCAGGAGGAGGAGGAGGAGGAGGAGGUCCUGGCCUCUCAAAUCCUCAGAUGUACGACAAUAUCUACUUUGACUCUGAUGAAGAGGACGAGGACACACCGGGCAGCUCCACGGGCCAGAGGCAGAGACGACGCGUCGUACCGACCAACGACGAGCUGUUGUACGACCCCGACGAGGACGACAGAGACCAGGCCUGGGUGGACGCCAGGAGGAGACGAUACAUGAGCAGAAAACGACCGGCAGCAACAGGAGGAGGAUCGCAGCCUCGCCGGCCUCGGGCUUUACCGAGCAGCGACGCUGUCCUCAACUGUCCCGCCUGCAUGACCACACUGUGUCUGGACUGUCAGAGACACGAGAAGUAUCGCACGCAGUAUCGAGCCAUGUUCGUCAUGAACUGCGCGGUGAACAAAGAGGAGGUGCUGCGCUACAAAACCCAGGAGCAGGACAGGAAGCAGCGGAACAGGAAGAGGAGGCGGGGCCAGAAGACCGAUACCACGGCAAACGAGCCGGCUCCCGACCCGACGCCGGCGGGGAUGAACUCUGGCGAGGUUUACCACCCGGUGCAGUGCACCGAGUGCUCAACAGAGGUCGCCGUAUACGACAAAGACGAGGUUUACCAUUUCUUCAACAUCCUGGCCAGUCACUGCUGACGCGCUCAGAGUGCGCCCCCUGCUGCUGAGAAUCAGACAUUUGCCUUCUGCAUGCAACAAACACAAGACUCUUCUGCUUUUCCAGGAGCGUCGGUGAACUACGGUGGCCUUCACAGACCAGAAAUGGUGUUUAUUUAUCAGGACGCUGUAGAAACAUGACAAUGCAAAAUGGCGCCCCCAGAAUAAACGGUGUAGAAGAGACUUUAUGUUAAAGCCACAAAGACAAACAACUUUUUAUUUAAUGUGAGGGUACAAAUGUUACAUAC